AUGGAGACUGCAACGAGGACUCACCAACAGAGAAAACUGAUCUCAUCUUUCCUCGAUAUCACCGUUAACCAAACUGUGGAAAUCGCAACACAGUUCCUUGAGGCAACAACCUGGAACCUUGAAGAUGCGAUCAACCUCUUUCUCAUCGCUCGGAGAAACCCUCAUCAUCACCAUGGAGAAGAACUAGUCCCUCUUCCUUUACCUUCGAAGAAGAAUACUCUCUACGACUACGAUCCUUUCAUGUCUCACAACACUUCGGUCGCAGUAUGUCCUGAAGAGAUCUGGGACGACGAGUCGACAUCUGAGGAAUCCGAUUCUAGGUUGUCUUCUUUGUACCGUCCUCCUCCAAGUCUGUUUUUCCACGGUUCGUUUGAAGAUGCGAAAGCAACGUCCUCUAGAGAGGAUCUAUGGUUGCUUGUCUAUGAUGAUACCAGCGAAGGUCAGAAAAUAUCUACUUUCUACAAGAUCGACUCUGUUCCUCCUGUGGUGCUUCUCAUCGAUCCCAUCACUGGCCAGAAGAUGCGUAUGUGGAGCGGUGUGAUUGAACCUCAGGGCUUUCUCGAGGAUUUGAUGAAGUACAUGGAUUCUGGUCCUCACGAACACGUUGCAUCUCUGACAAGCAACAAACGUAUGAAAACAGAGAAGAUCUCCUGUUCAAGUAACAACGCUGAUGAUCAAGACAUGGCUACUUUCUGGGGAAACGCUAUUGAAGAAGAAAAGACUGUAAUCAAAUCUGGAAAGGAGGAGACUUUUACGUCUGAUCGCGUUGUGGCUCCUUCUUGGGGGCCAGAAUUUGAAGACAUAAUGACUUUAUCCGAACAUGAGGAGGAAACUUGUUUGUCAUGCGACCUGCUUGAGUUUCCGGUUUUGACAGAAGAGCCUAAAGCAGACUGUGAUAGAAGCGUUGUGUGCAGUAUUUGUGUUCGAUUUCCAGAUGGGAGAAGAAAGCAGAGGAAGUUUCUCAAGAGCGAACCGAUUCAGCUUCUCUGGUCUUUCUGUUAUUCUCACAUGGAGGAAUCCGAGAAAAAGGAGUUCAAGCUUGUGCAGGCGAUUCCUGGUGCUUCCAAGACUCUGGAUUAUGGAGCUAAGGCCACGUUUGAUCAAUCUGGGAUCGCUAAUUCGAUGAUUUCAGUUACUUGGGAGUGA